GGGCAUUUAAAUCGCAUUAAGUCCAGGGGCGGGAGCUCCGCAACGGACGGCCAGGAUGAGGCCGCCCGUCCACUAGGGUUUUAAACUGCGCCGCUAUCAUCGAACGACAGGAUCGAUCUUGUUAUGAAUGCAAAUGGAUUUCCUACAGUACCUCCUCUUUGCCUACUCGCAAGGCUUAACAGACGUUUCCGCUGAUAUGCUUCUCGGAGACAUGGCUCUGGAUACACCACUACCAUCGAUCUUCAUGGUGAUGUCCGUGGCUCUCUUCGCAGCAGCGUCCACGCCUCAGGUCAGCAGAGAGUGUUGGAAGCUACGACGAGACGGCUUAAUGUGGCAGGAAAUGAAAAGCUUGGCCGCGUCCAGCGACCACGUAACCAGGGACAGAGAGUGGCUCAAGUUCUACCGCAUGAGAUUCUCGUCGUUCCAGUACCUCCUAGCGGAGCUCCGGCCCUUCAUCGAGAAUCCGAGCAGCGACUUUGUCAGGGAACCGGUUGACACAGAGAAAGCAGUAGCCAUCGUCAUUCAUCGACUUGCCUGUGGCACCUCACCGAGAGCUCUCGCGGAGAUGUACGAUACCGGCGCCUCGACCGUCACAAAGUAUACCAAGCUCAUCACCAGCAUUCUUGCGAGCAGCUCCCAGCUCUACUCCAAGUACGUGGUCAUCCCCUCGGGAAACGCUCUCACAAAGGUGAUAAGGAAGUUUGCAUCGCUCUCGGGCACUCCCAACGUCUGUGGAGCAAUAGGUGGAUCUCACAUCAAGCUCUACAACAAGCCAAAGCCAGCAUAUACUCCUGCCGACUAUCUAUCAAGCUAUGGCUUCUACAGCGUCCUGCUCCAGGGCGUCUGCGACAGCGACAAGAUUUUCUGGGACGUGUGCUGCAACGCUCCGGGUGGACUAGACGAUGUAACGCAUCUCAGAGCUAGUAGCCUCUGGAGGAGGCUGAUCAACCGGGAGGUGCUGGCCCAGCCGACGAUGAACUUACAGGGUCGCCCGCUGCAACCAUUUAUCGUGGCGGACAGGCCAUACCCGCUGAUGCCGUUCCUUGUGACGCCCUUCCACUACGACCGAGACGACACCGUAAGCGAGAAUGUGUUCGACAUGCAGCUUUUGAAAGCCAGGGAGUGCAUCGCCAACGCUUUCGGCCUCCUCAAGGCUCGGUGGAAGAUAUUGAGAAACAUGAACACGGACCUGAGAUACGUAGCGCAGGCGGUCAUGGCUUGCUGUGUCCUGCACAACUUCUGCCAACUCGCUGGGGAGCCGGAGCCCGAGACACAGGCUGACGACUAUCCAAACAAUAAGAUGGCAGCUCCUCCACUUACGAACGAGCACGAGGUCGGGUUGCAAAACGAGGCAGUCGAGUACAGGCGAGCGCUCUUUCUCGACUGGCUCCGGCGGCAGCACGAAGAGGCGGAGCUGGAGAAGAGGAGAGCAAGUCAGAUGGCGCGUCCCGGUUAUUCAUAACAGCUCUUCUACGCGUGACUUGCCUC